AUGGUUGCGCCAUGGGAUAUCUACGCAGAAAAGCUCUUCCCACUCGGGUACGGGCACCCUCUGUGGAUUCCGGAGCCGUCUCGUGAAUUUGGCGAGGUCCAAAUCGGCGACAUCGGGUACUUGUCGGACGGUCGUUUCUGCUUUUUGUUCAACUGCAUGCUUCCCGCAGGCGAUCCGGUCAACAAACAGGGUACCCCUGCUGAUUUUCGGCCGCUGGAAGUACCUUCAGGCUCAACAAGAGAAACCUCCGAUGAGAUAACUCAACCAUUGCUCCAAAGUGAAGGCAUACACUCCGUCGCUCUCGAAGGACAGGGUUUGCGCUACAGAUGCACAGACCAAAGCGGCGCGUUUCUCAUGUUGAAACAUUGUUGCCAUGGGACGCGCGUGCACGGCACUCUCGCCAUCCAGAACUACAUGCGCCAGUUCUUGCCCGAUUGGCACGCUUUUGCCACAGGAACACUCGGCAUCGAUCUGCAAGAGUCUGACCUUAUCUUCGUCUGCGGGCACACGAAGACUUCCAUCUGGGCUGAAGCCGCAUUUAGCAGCAAGACCACCGACGGCGAGCUGUUCAUCGCGGCAGGCGCAUUCGGUAUCCCCGCGAGUGUGGGCGCUUCGGGAUCGUUCUCCGUAUCACUCCUUAAUAACUGUCAGCUUCCUACGCUCUUUCACCGUUCAGGCCCCAGGGGAAGAGAAUCAACGGGCGGGACUAGCCCAGGUAUAGGGGAGUCGCUGGACAGGUUUGAUCAAUGCAUCUUCAUCAAUUACUUCAAGAUGAAGCGCAGCAUCCUCGUACGCAAAGUCAUCCGCGCAGCAGCAGGCCCUCACCAGCUCCCGGACGAGAAGGACGACCCAGGAUCGAGCUCUAUCUGUGCGGUUGAUACAGAAAUUAUUGAGGACUCGGACGUCAGUCAGUCGUCAACCGGAGAGGCCAGUCGAUGUGCUAUCUCGAUUACACCGGCACAGCUAACGAGGGCAUGA